ACGCGCACCGAAGCGAGCCGCGUCCCCUUUUUUGCUUCACUUCCUCACUUCCAGCUGAAUAAUUGAGUGUUGUAACAGGAUCAAUUGGGAAUCGAUUGGAACAAUGAGAGGAGACAAAAACGUCACAAGCCACAAAUUCGGUGAACGGGUAUAUAAACGCCUAUCAUGUGACCGAUGGAUCCAGUGUACGAUCAAGUCUGACAGAGUUAGCAUAUCAAAUUCAUUGGGGGUGGGUGAAAAAGAUGAAGCGAAUAAUUCUGGAAGCACUUGGAAUUGUCGCCCUCUGCGUGGUUAAUGCGAGGGCAGAAAGUUACGCCCAUUCAUUCCAACAUUUUCAUGGUCCAGUUACGGGAGACGAUAAAGAGGUGAGUUGGACCGAUAGACACGGCUAUCAACAUCAGGAUUAUACGGCUGAUCCGCAGUAUGAAUUUGCAUAUGGGGUUGAGGAUCCUCACACGGGAGAACUCCAUGGCCAGAAGGAGCAUCAUGAUGGCAAAGCAGUUACUGGGGAGUACACCGUGAAGGAGCCGGACGGCAAUAUUCGAAGGGUCAGAUAUCGAGCCGACGAGGAUGGCUUCCACGCUCAAGUUCUCAACAGCAAUGAUCGCAGUGAUGAAGGCUAUUAACACAUUUUGUUACAAUUUCCUGUUGAAACUGAAUCUCACCCCUGGAGAUUGAUGAUCGAAGGAGGUUCACCGGCCUUGCGGUAGAGAAAUGAGAAUUAACUUAUUAUUGAUGAGGGAAGUUU